CCUAACUCGCUUUCGUCCAACCCCACUACUCUCUGUCCAAAUGGACAGCAAAGGGGAACAGCCGUCUCAUCGAAUAGGCCAGGAAAAGGCUGUGCUUUGGAAUUAGCGGCUGAGAUUAAGGGGACCAGAGAAGUAAACCAAAUCAGGGAUAAGGGGUAAAAACGGGUCCUUUCAUUCUAACAACCUGCAUGGACCAUUUGAAGGCUGAUUUUUAAUCAGGAGACCUUGCCCCGGUUCAGCCUGGUGUUAGGUACAGCAUGGCAGCAACUUCCCUCAAGUCACUGCAGACCUCAACUGGGAAUAAUAGUUCUUUCGGGAUCAGGCAUUUAGCUGGUACGCCGAACAGCGAAAGUGGAGGAGAAAGCGAGCAGCUCCGCCGAUGUAAGUCAGACGACUCCGGCUCCGAGGAUAACUCCGCCAAAAAGAAGCAGCGCAGGCAGAGGACGCACUUCACCAGCCAACAGCUGCAGGAACUGGAGGCGACCUUCCAGAGGAACCGAUACCCAGACAUGUCCACUCGGGAGGAAAUAGCGGUGUGGACAAACCUCACCGAGGCUAGGAUCAGGGUGUGGUUUAAAAAUCGUAGAGCGAAGUGGAGGAAGCGGGAGCGCCACCAACAAGCUGAACUAUGCAAGAACGGGUUUGGAGCGCCGUUUAACGGGCUGGUUCAACCCUACGAGGACAUGUACUCCGGGUACUCGUACAAUAACUGGGCCACCAAAGGACUCGGCACCAAUCCCAUCUCCGCCAAAAGCUUCUCCUUUUUCAAUUCCAUGAAUGUGAACUCCUUGUCAUCGCAAGCCAUGUUUUCCACCCCCAGCUCGAUCCCUUCCAUGACAAUGGUCCCUUCGGCUUUACCUGGCUCAGGCUUAAAUAAUUUGAACAGCCUCAGCAGCCCUUCGUUGAAUUCAGCGGUUGCUGCUUCUCCCUGUCCCUACGGAUCUAGCUCAAGCCCGUACGUAUACCGGGACAACUGCAACACCAGCUUGGCCAGCCUCAGGCUUCGAGCCAAGCAUCACUCGUCGACUUUCAGCUACGGGCCGGCGCAGAACCCAGCCCCCAACCUCAGCCCCUGUCAAUAUGCCGUGGAUCGACCUGUAUAAGACGAACUUCGUGUUUUAAACGGCGCGUUUUAGGGCGACCGCAUUUGUGUGGGGGUUGAGUGAGAGGAAGGGGAGGGGGGGUUAUUUCGUCUCUAAUCCACAAAGUUAAUUAAUAAUCAAUGCUGUCUUCCCGAGCUAGUCAGAUAAUGCGAAAAGACGCGGUCAGAGACUGAAGAAUGCUCCUCUAGCUGGUCUAAAAUAUGGUCAGUAAUUGUUUCCAUCAUACACAACCAGUGUUCUCCAAACUAUCUCUGUAUAUUUUGGCUAAGUCAGAUGUUAUUUUAUAAAUUGCGAGGAAAUGCAUAAAUAUUCACCAAAUCCUAAAGACGCAAAUCCCCGAUUAGACCGCACUGACAUUCCUCGGAUGGUACCUAAAAUGUCUCCUCUAAUCUCCUCUCAUCUCACAGAGACAAUCACUGCCCACCGCCCCGCACCCGCACCACCCCUCCCCCAUCCUUCACCCCGCUCUCCCGGACUUCUGUCGAGGUAGGGAGGGGAAAUGUCUAAAUGAUCCGGAUAUUGAUUUCCUGUCAUGUCGCUAAUAGACAACGACCAAUGAAAUAAACCCCGCCAUUUUCAAUAGACCAGGGCAUAUCACAAUGGAGUGCUUGGCGAUUUUGAUACAAAAUUUAGUCAUAGGCUGAAAAGUUUCCUCAAGAUCUCGUAUUACUGCAAAAUCGUAAUUCAAGUAUAAAGAGGAAUCUUUUCAUAAUCUGGGAUAUAUUUUGAAAUAUUACUAGACUCCCUGAAGUGUUUGAUUAUUUUCCUACAAAUAGGACAGUUCGAAAAUGAAAUGAACCUGUUUUUAGUAUGUUUAUAUACUACCAUUUUAUCAGGAUUUUAUUUUGACUUGCUUUUGAACAGUUACAUCGCAGUUGUGUUGUUUAUUAGAGUUAAUUUAAGCAUUGUAGCACGUGUCCGCCUGUUGGUUGGAGAACUCCUGGUUUAAUAAAUCGAUAAGACACGGACGCGAGUGGGAAAUGCCAACUGUGCGCUUAAGACCGAGCCGAGGUAAUGACCUGAAACCCCUGCUCGUGGGUCAAUGCAAACUGAUUGGGUUGAAUUUCCUGCGAAAGAGAGCCGAGAUGUUAGGGUUGCUUGCGGGAGCCAGCGGUAUGUUGAACACCGCCGUUCGUUGGCUGCUAUAGAUAGAACCAAAUGCAGAUUCUUUUUUUUUUGCUGUUAUCUAAUGGGGCGUUGAAUAGUGGUCGGAUUAGUAGCUUUAAAAUUUUACUUGGAUGUUUUAGGCUUUGCAAACGGCAACAAUUUACCGUGACGGGGACCUUUGGAUAAGCAUAUAGUUAUUGAAGAUUAGAAAGGCUAUUUCUGCCUUUUUGAAAAAUGGGGUUAGAAGAUACAGUCGCCUGAGUUUUACUUUUAUUUUUUCCCCCCGAUUUGUUCUGGGUUCCAUAUCUGCAGGUUCCACGGGUGAAAACAAUCGGAUUCAGAGCAAGGGGACAGUCUGAACCGGGAGAGGGGCUCGGCGCGAUUCCUACACUAUCUUGGGAAUGGCGCAGAUCUACCUUUUCUAAGUUGUUUUAAAAAUACUUCUGCCGUGAGAGAACGAGUCCAAUCCGUGCGAUUGGGGGGGGGGCGGCUUUCCAAAGAAGGGAAUGUUUGGGGCCGGGGA